AUGCAAUCCCGUGAAGUACAGCCCACUCCUAAUACCAGGAGUUGUUGGCAAGUUUCGAUGAUGGGGUGGACAAAAGCGAAUUGUGAUGCAACUAUUGCGAGACAGCAAGACCGCAUGGGGCUUGGGGUGGUAAUCCGGGAUUCUUGGGGGAAUAUGCUGGCAGCAGAAUGUGUGGUUCAAGAAGGUUGCUUGGCUUCGGCAGUAGCGGAAGCAAAGGCGUUUCUUUUGGCCAUACGGUUAUGCCAUGAUCUAUGUCUUACCCAGGUACACUUUGAAGGCGAUGCAAAAUCUGUGAUAGAUUCUGUAAACUCGGAGGCGAAGGAUUGUAGCUGGAUGGGGCAUAUCAUUGAGGAUAUAAAAUUGGAACUUCGGGUUUUUCAGCAGUGGAAGCUAACGUUUACUAGGAGGGAAGGGAAUCAAGUGGCCCAUUUACUAGCAAAAUAUGCAGUGGAACAUGACCAUGGUUUUAGUUAG